GUGGGUUCUUGCUAGCUAUUGGUUGUGGCGUUUUUCUUCCGGACACUGUAGGAACAAGAAAAUAAUGGCGGACGAAGCGAGACAUACAGAAGUGCAAGACAUGGAAGUGGACAAGAGGAGGGAAUCCGAUGAGUCAGCUGACGAUGAGAUAAAGGAGAAACGGGAUGUCCGAGAUGGAGGAGAGCAAAAUGCCCAGGCGAAUUCAGGAGAUCUGGAGACUCCAGUGGACAUCGAAACAAUCAACCUGGAUCCAGAAGCAGAGGAGGUUGACCUGAACCAUUUGCGGAUCGGAAAGAUCCAGGGAUUUGAGGUUCUGAAGAAAGUAAAGACAUUAUGCCUUCGUCAGAACUUAAUAAAGUUGAUUGAGAAUUUGGAGCAGUUGGAUACCUUGACGGAAUUGGACCUAUAUGACAAUCAGAUCCGUAAAAUACACAACCUGGAGAACCUGAGUCGGCUUGAGAUCUUGGACCUGUCAUUUAACCUGCUGAGACACAUUGAAGGACUGGAAACACUAACUCAACUCCGCCGGCUCUAUUUGGUGAACAACAAGAUAAGCAGAAUGGAGAACUUGAGUUCUCUAACCCAGCUCCGAUUAUUAGAACUGGGCUCCAACCGCUUGAGGGCGAUUGAAAAUCUGGACUGUUUGCGAGAACUUGACAGCCUGUUUCUUGGAAAAAACAAGAUCGCUAAACUGGAGAACAUGGAAACACUAACUAACCUCACAGUAUUAAGCGUGCAGAGUAACCGUUUAACGAAGAUUGAAGGUCUGCAGAGCCUAGUGAACCUGCGCGAGUUGUACCUAAGUGACAAUGGCAUCCAAGUCUUGGAAGGGCUGGAGAACAAUAAUAAACUCACUACCUUGGAUGUAGCCUCUAACCGAAUCAAGAGAAUUGAAAACAUCAGACACUUGACAGAGCUCCAGGAAUUCUGGAUGAAUGAUAACUUGGUGGAGAACUGGGCUGACCUAGAAGAACUGAGUGGAGCACAAGGGCUACAAACAGUUUAUCUGGAAAGGAAUCCGUUGCAGAAAGAUGCCCAGUAUAGACGCAAAAUUAUGCUGGCUUUGCCGUCUGUGCGCCAAAUCGAUGCAACCUUUGUCCGCUUCUGAGCUGGGCCUGGACUCUCGCAUUCCUUAUACCUGCUGUAGCAAAGCAGUACCCACUCCAAACAUAUGACUUCCAGAGCCUCACAUGUUUUGGUAACAUAUGAUUGUAUCCAUAAUCAAACAUAGUGUUUCAACAUGACACAGGAUUGCA